GUGCUGCUUUCAAUCUCAAGACUAACUAAAAUGUCAACAUGGCGGCUUGCAUGAGUGAGAACGGUUCAGAGAGAAAACUCCAAUUCUUACUUAAGGUCCCUUUCCCAUCCGAGAGAGAGGCAACUAUCGCCCUGCAGUCUCUAGCUCCUGAUCCUGAGCCCAGGAAAGGAGGAAUCACUAAAAAACUGGAUUUAUCAGGACAAACACUGUCUGUGAGAUGGACUGCAGAUGAAGCCCGCAUUCUUCGUGUUUCUGUAAGCUCAUUCUUGGACCAUUUGUCUCUAGUGUUGGAGACUAUGGAUGCAUUUGGUCCGCCUGUUUCUCAAUGACUCUCUAAAAAGAGACAAAUAGAAGGAGAAAUACGGAUGCAGAUACCGUUUGCUCCUUUUAUUCAGAAAUCCAAGAGAAACAUCAUCUGCCAAGUGUCUGGUAUGGACUGCAAAGACUCUUAAAAAAAAAAAGCAUAAAUAAUUUGCUUUUGCUGUUUGAGAAAUGCAGCUCUUCAUAAUGUGUCAAGUCAAGAUGCCUGGAUCUUCUGCAGUGAAUGGGUGCCGUCAGAAUGAGAGUCCAACCAUCUGA